UUCUCAGAGUUUUUUCUUCAUUUCUUGGAUAUUUUCUGUGGGAGUUCUCAGUGCUUUCUUGGUCACUGAAGUGUGUCAAGUUUAUCUUCGAACUUAACUGCUAAACAACAUCAUCGUUCUUACCACAAUGUUUAAAGAACUGCACAUGUAAGCUGAACUCAAAUUCCAACACAUGGGCCUCGACAUGAUUCCUAACUAGAGGCCCAACUCAAAACCUGCUUCGCAUUCAAAAUCAAAUUGCACAAAAACAGACACUUGAUUAGCUAAAAAAUUUGAGAUAUCUUACAUGUGCAGCGGAUGACCGCAGGAGAGGAGAAGAGAUCGGUGAUGGUGCAGAAGACUUUGGGGAUGAGCGACCAGCUUUGUGCAUUGUUGAAAUUUCCACUACAACGGCACACCAUUCCGUAAAACCACUGGAAACCAAUGCAGCAUCGUGUAAAUGAUCAAUAACUCUCAGAGUUAUUCAGAUUCCUCAUCAUCUUUUUCCAUCACCUUCUGAUAAAAUAUUCCAAAGCUUUGAGUUUGAAGCCAUUCUUUUACCUAGAGACAAUUAUAAAUAAAGAAAUGAGGCUGAAUCAUAUAAAGCAUAACAAAGGAAACUAAAAUUAUUGGAAACUCGUAUCUUCACUUAAUAACAAAGUAACAUGUAAAGGCAUUUAAACCUACUGAAACUGGAUGGAAUAAUAAGUUAGACAAAAAAAAAAAAAAAACUUGAAAGUUAGCUAGCACACUGAUAGGCCCAAAAGAAUUACCAGCCAGCCCGUGAAGUUGAAGGACUACGUCCUUUAGGCCCAAGUUCAUUGUUGAAGCAUCUUUAGCAUUUUAUGUAUUUUCUUGUUUAAGUUUUUUAUCAUUAUCUCCAAAGAACCUAGAAGGUUCUACCACCGUUGUGAACAGCUGUAGUGCACAGUGCCUAUUUAAGCUUUAUUCCUAUUGAAUGAAAUCAUCAGAAUAUUCUCAAGAAAAGUUUGUUUUUAAUCUUUUGUCCUUUCUUUCUGUGCCCUCCUCGAUUGGAUCAAGGAUCCAUCAUUGGUGCUUUCAUUCUUCAUCAUGCAACCUGCAGCUGAUGAUGAACUCGCACCUGCCCUCAUGGCCGCCAUCGAUGCUCGUUUUGCCACCAUGGCUCAACAGCUCUCGUCGUCCAUGGAGUCCACCGUCUCCACCUUAUUGGACCAAAUGGCCCACCUCUCCACUCAGGCACCACCGCGAGUCCCACCGCAACCACCGCCCGGCUUCGAGGAACUUCAGCCUGGUUACAUGAACCCUCCCCUAAACACACCCUCCGCCCCUCCUCACCCACACUCCACUCCCAUUCAAAGCGCCAUGAAACUCCAGCUAAAUCCUUUCGAUGGUUCCGAGCCUAACGACUGGUUGUUCCACGCGGAACAGUUCUUCCGCUUCCACAAAACACCCCCUGACCAACGUCUGAGUAUCAUGUCCUUCUAUAUGCGUGGAGAGGCGUUGAGCUGGUUUAAAUGGCUCUACAACAACAAACAGUUGAGCACCUGGGAAGAGUUCAACAGAGCCUUAGUACAACGUUUUGGCCCUUCUUGCUACGAAAAUCCUCAGCAAGAGCUUUUCAAGCUCCAACAAACAUCCACUGUGCAAGAAUACCAAACCAAAUUUGAGAAGCUGUGCAACCAAGUGGUUGGGCUACCACCAGACAUUAUACUGGAUUGUUUUCUCUCGGGCCUUAACCCAGAAAUCCUCCAGGAACUUAAAGUCUUCAGACCUUACUCGGUCCACCAUGCUAUUGGGCUUGCCAAGCUUAUCGAAUCCAAACACAAACCACCCACCUUCAAACCCUUCAAAUACACCCCCCCUAACCACAGCCCCUCACAAGCCACGGUCAUUCACAACCUCCCGCGCACUACACCAGCGGCCGCUCCGAGCAAACCCACAUCCAGCACCCCACCUCUGGCCACUUCCUCCAUCACGCCACAGCCCACCCAUCAGAGGACCUCAAAUCUGCCUCACUUCUGCACAGAUGAAUGAACGACGCGCACUUGGCCUUUGCUUCAACUGUGACGACAAGUACAUGAAGGUAUGAAAAACGGUAGAAAGGGGGGGUUUGAAUAACGUUUUCAGUACAAAACUACCACCUUAAAGAUUUUGACAAAUCUUUCGAGAACUUAAGUGCUAAAGAUAAGAGAUAGAAAAGCACACAAGUAUUUUAUCCUGGUUCACUUGAUAAAUCCCUCAAGCUAAUCCAGUCCACCCGUUAAGGUGAUUUCUUCCUUCUUAGAAUGAAGGCAAUCCACUAAUCAGAUAAUUGUUACAACUGCACUUGAAACCUACAAGUGACUAACAAUACACUGACUUAGCUCUCACUAAGAUUCACUCUCUUAGUCUUCUCUAGGAUCCGAUCAACCUUGAUCUCCUAAAGGCAAACUAUACAAUUGUAUAUGAAGUUCUUGUUUACAAAGAAAUAGCUUCUAAAAAGCUAAUAGUAAACACAAUGAAUUUCAGAUGAAAGAAGGCUUAGAAUAUUUUGAAUAUGUCUUGCGCGUGUAUUGCUUCAACUUAGUUUCUUAGCCGCUUCUUUCAAUCUUCAGCCUCUAUAUAUACUCCAAGGAUUAGGGUUGAGCGUUGCAUGGGAAAUGCUACCGUUG